CUUUAACGUUCGAAGAAAUCUUGUAAUGGUGAUUAUUAGCAGUGGCGUAGCUUUAACCCGUACAUGUUCACCGUGCCUUGUAUUGCGCCGGAGAUUCUCCGGAAGAGCCACGUGUUGCUCUGUUUCUCUGAACGGGAAGAGAGAAAACUCAGAAAAGGAGAAGGUGAUUGUGAUUUCUGGUCCCACAGGCGCAGGUAAAAGCAGACUCGCCCUUGAGCUAGCUAAGCGUCUCAACGGAGAAAUCAUUAGUGCUGACUCUGUUCAGGUGUACAAAGGCCUUGAUGUUGGAUCUGCCAAGCCAUCAGCAACCGAUAGAAAGGAGGUGCCCCAUCAUCUUAUUGACAUUUUGCAUCCAUCUCAAGACUACUCUGUGGGGCAAUUUUUCGAAGAUGGAAGACAAGCUACUAAAGAUAUUCUUAGUAGAGGGCGUGUUCCCAUAGUUACAGGUGGCACUGGAUUGUACCUGCGAUGGUUUAUCUAUGGGAAGCCAGAUGUGCCUAAGCCUUCUCCAGAGAUAGUCUCUAAAGUCCAUGAUAUGUUGAUUGGUUUUCAAAACGAAUAUAACUGGGAUGGAGCUGUUGAGUUUGUGGUCAAUGCUGGUGAUCAAAAAGCCUCUUCUUUAGCUCGUAAUGAUUGGUACAGACUACGACGUAGCCUUGAGAUACUCAAGACAACUGGAUCUCCUCCGUCUUCUUUUCGCGUUCCAUAUGAUUCAUUUCGAGAAAACUUGAAUUCUCCUGAUGCCAAUGGCUUUGAAGAGAAUGGUUCAUCUGCUGAUAUCUCUAUCCAAAAGAUAGAAACGGAUUUGGACUAUGACUUCCUUUGUUUUUUCCUGUCAAGCCCAAGGGUUGAUCUCUAUAGAUCUAUUGAUUAUAGAUGUGAAGACAUGCUUUCAGGUGCUGAUGGAGUGUUGUCUGAAGCUAGAUGGCUUCUUGAUCUUGGUCUUCUUCCAAACACAAGUUCUGCUACUCGUGCCAUUGGUUACAGACAGGCCAUGGAAUAUCUCUCGAAAUGUCGUCAACAAGGAGGUGUAAGUUCCCCUGGAGAAUUCUAUUGGUUUUUGAACAAAUUUCAGCAAGCAUCCAGGAACUUUGCAAAAAGGCAAAUGACAUGGUUCAGGUGUGAGCCUAUGUACCACUGGCUUAACGCUUCUAAACCUCUGGAUGCUAUACUUGAAUUCAUUUAUGAUGCAUAUGAGAAGGAAUCAGAGACGUUGGUGGUUCCAGAUACUCUCAGGAUGAAGAAAGAAUUAAGAAACUCUCGAGAAGCAGAUGCACUUAAGGCAUAUCGCCCCAGAAACAGGCAUUUCGUAGGACGAGAUGAUUGUUCAUCCGUGUUAGAGUGGAUUAGUAAUGAAGGGUGUGUUAGUGAAGUUCCAUGCGUGGAAGGAACAGCAACAUAACAAGCAAGUGUGUAACUUUCUGUAAUGAAUUUUUGAGGAGGCAAGUUUUUUAGAUUUUUUUGGCAUCUUUUAGAUUAUGUUUUUGAUCAUCAUGAACUUUGGUCUAUUUUUUACUUACAAGUCUUAAAAUUCACACCCAUGUUGGUACU